CAUGCCCAAAGCGAAUAGGUAAAUAUACGACAAAAUAACUAAAUACAAAUAAUAUUAAGUCGAACGUUUAGUGUUAACUAAGUAUAUAUAUGCAUAUAUUCGGUUCGACGGUGUUGUAUUGCGAACAUGCAUGAAGAUGAUUUGAAAAAUCAAUUAACAAUUGCUCGGAACGAGAUUAACAACUUGAGACAGCAAGUGCGCAACUUGCAGCAUGUGCAGCGCAAGGACAUUGAAACAAUAAACCGGUUGCUGCAGGAUUUUCGCUGCGAAGGUUGCGCCAACAAAACCGUCAAGGGCAAGGACAAACCGGAAACGCUGCUGCUGCAGACAACCAGCAGUGAUAUCAACGUCAACGGUUCCAAUGAUGUGGCCCAUUUCAAACCCAUUGGCAUAAUACGCAGCGCCUUCCCAGAAAAGCGCGCCGUGCCACGCCAAUCGAGCGUUGGUAGUCGACUCCGCAGCAUCAUACAGCUGAAUGAUGGCAUCUUUACCAAUCCGGAACACUCAUUGGAGGGUCUUGCCGACUUCUCGCACAUGUGGCUCAUCUAUCAUUUCCAUCGGAACAAUGCGCAUCCAAAGGCAAAAGUAGCACCUCCACGUUUGGGUGGCGAACGUAUUGGAGUGUUCUCCACACGCUCACCGCAUCGACCUUGUCCGGUUGGGCUAUCACUGGUGGAAAUCGAAAAGAUUGACGGCGCCACUAUAAGCUUCUAUGGCACUGAUAUGGUAGAUGGAACGCCUGUGCUUGAUAUUAAACCGUAUAUACCAUAUUAUGAUGCGCCAGUUUUAAGCAUGGACUCAGAUCGCACUUCCAUUGUUCCAAAUGAGAACAGCGUUGACUUUUAUGAUUCGCGACAGGAGCCCGAUGGCGAAGAGUCCGAUCUGGAAUUAUAUGGCGCUGCAGGCUAUACAGCUGGUAACAUAAAUGUAGAUGCAUUAAGUGGCAAUGGUAUGCAGGCAGCACCAUCACCACCAUUACCCAGCGCAGUGCGUGUACCCAACUGGGUGGUGGCCAGUCACCGGUUGAGCGUUUUAUUCAAUGAGCACGCUGAGGCUCAGCUGCAGGAGCUGCAGGUGCAGAAGCAAUGCAUUGUCGACAUAUUGGAGGCGGAUCCACGUUCCGUAUAUCUGCGCACAAAAUACGGCUCACAAAUAUUCACUUUCCAGCUUAGCGAGGUGACGGUUACGUGCAAGUUUGAUGACAACGCUGGCACUGUAACCGUGGUGCAAGUUCGACGCAAUGAAAACAUCCAGGUGACCGCAUUGGACGGGGAGCCACGCAACACUUAAAAGAGGCAUUUAGUUAUAAGUUUUAAGCGCUGCAUUCUGUUUCCCUGGACUGCUUUGUAGUAAAGUUAAUUAUGUGUUAUCUUAAGUACUCAAGUUGAUGAGCUUUAAAAUGUAAAAAGUUUCGAUUUGUCGAUUAUGUAUAAAAUAUAUGAGACAUUAUUAUGUGUGUGCUUGCUAUGCAAAACAA